AUGGCGAACGAGUAUUUUGAGCACGACCGCGACUGGCUGAUCGCCGUCUGUCGUGAAUGUAAGGUAGCAAUCUGGCCAGCACAUGCGGCGGCGCAUCUCCGUGGUCCGCACCAUCGCGUUAACGGAAAGAAGGCACAGCAGGUCGCAGAUGAGCUACAGGCGUGGUCCGACAUUGUACAACAUGUCCGCCAGUUCGCAGUACCAACUUACGUCAACCGCCCCGUCCCAGCACUCGCGCUAUAUGCUGACGGUAUCCAAUGCCGGCUAGAUCCGUCAACUUGCAGAUAUGUCAGCCGCAGUAUGCAGGGCAUGAGAGAGCACUGGCGGACGCGGCAUCAAUGGUCGCUCCGAGGCGGACGUGGA